GUUUCGCUGAUAUAAAAGUUAAUAAAAUAAUCUAUUGUGCCAUUGAAUAAGAAAGAGAGAAUUCAGAGCAGAAAAUUUUCUCUUCGACAAAAUCAUUUUCUCAAGCCGUACAUUCAUAUAUAUAGUUCUAUGAUAAAUAUAUGACUUUUGAACAAUCCUCCUUUUAUCAAUUUUUUUUUCAAGAGCUUCAGCUCCGCUGGUGUGAUAACCUGUCUUUCAAUCUACAUGGAAGGAAUGUUCAUAUUUAUCAGUUGGAUUUUGGCCAUUAUUCUAUCAGUGUUAUUGUUUAUGAUUGGAAUAAACAUUAAACGUGAUUUGAUCAAUUAUUUUGGGUCCUAUUUGAUUUAUGUCAUUAUUAUCAUACUUAUCAUUAUUGAACUAUUGAUCCCAUGAAAACGUCGAGUUUCUCAGGUUAACAGAAAUCAAUAUAUUAUGUAAUCAUAAUGAUACAAAAUUAUUUAUAUAUUGGUCACCAGAAUAUAUGAUACAUGUUAAAGUAACCAUGGAUGAUAUACAUUCAACUGAAAAAGACAAUAUAUGUUAUAUUAUGAAAGAAUUAUGGAAGAAAAAAUCAAUGGAAUUAGAUACAUGGUCUAUUGGUGUUAUUAUGUAUUUAUUAUUGACUGGGAAAUUACCAUUUAUUGAUCAAUAUAAAGAAUUGAAUACAUUUAUGAAUGAUAUCAAAACAAAUUCUAUACAAUUAAAUCAUUCAUUAUUAUUAUAUAAUAUUGAUAAAUCAAUAUAUCAAAUCAUUAAUAUGUUAUUACAAAUCGAUAUACAUCAACGUAUUGAUCUUAAUCAAUUUAUGAUAAUCAAUUGGUUGCAUAAUAUUCAUCAUGAUAAUAAACAAAGAGAUAUAAAAUCAAUUAUAGAAUAUAAUUUUUUAACUACAUUUAUACAACAUCAAAUGGAAUCAGAGAAUACAUUGAAACAAUUAAAACAUUUUAUGAAAAUUACAAAUUCAAAUGAACAGUGAUAAUGAUGAUGAUGAUGAUGAGGAGGAGG